AUGGCGCAGUGGCUGUCUUCCUGCACUUUGCUGCUUUGCCUGGGCCUUGGGUCGGCCCUGGCGCCCAAGGAGGUGCACAUUAAGGAGAUGGUGGCGGCCGUGUUCACCCCCAUGACCGCGGAGAAGUUUCUCGAUUUGAACCGAGUGCCGCUCUACGCGGAGAUGCUGGCGUCCAAGAACGUCACUAGUGUGCUGCCCGCUGGAACUACCGGAGAGUCGCUGUCCCUCAGUGUAGCGGAAAGGAAGCAGCUGGCAGAAGCCUGGGCAGCGGCUGCCAGGAAUCAGACCAAAGUGUACAUGCAUAUCGGUGCGGAAAGCUUGGUGGAUACGCUGGAGCUUGCAGUUCAUGCCGCGGCCACCCCAGGUGUCGUGGGCAUUGUUUGCCAAACUCCGGUGUUCUUCAAGCCCAGUGUCGAGACGCUGCAUGAUUACUUGGUGGCGGUAGGCCGAGCUGCGCCGCAAAUGCCUCUCUGGUAUUACCACUUCCCUGACAAGUCGGGCGUGCUGAAUGGGCAGGCCCACCUGCUCCUAGAGAUGAUCCACGAGCGCCAGGAGAUACCGAAUUUUGCCGGCAUUAAGUUCACGGAUGUGAAUCUGAUGGACUUCCAGCUCUGCAAGAUGGUUGGUGGCGGGAUCUACAACAUGCUUUUCGGUCGAGACGAGCAGUAUUUGGCUGCUGCUGUCUUGGGUGCGGACGCUCCGAUCAGCUCGACCUUGCAGUAUUCCCCCUGGCUCAGAGAAGUCUUUCGGCUGGCGGAGGCUGGGAACCUCUACGCAGCGCAGGGCCCACAGCAGGCCGUGGCGCAACUUUGCAGCCGCUUCUCGGCCUUCGAUGGCUCCACGAAUGUGCAGAAGGGCGUGAUGCAAAUGGUCUUGCCUCAGGGACCUUCCCGGCUCCCCUUCAAAGAUCUCAGCGGCGCCGAAUCGGCGUCCUUGGAGCAGAAGCUGCGUGCGGAGCAUCUGCUAGAUCCCGUCUUCUCUCCGACAUACAGUACCCUAGCAGUCUGA